CAUGGCAACAGCAGCAGCAGCCGGAGAAGCGCUGAUAUAAACAUUACGGUUUACGGAGUGAAGGCUGGAACAGAAACCUGCGAGGAUUUGCUUCUUCAUCACUGCUAAGGUGAUGAGUGGGAUUAUAUCAUGUCUGAAGUACAGGGAACACUGGAGUUUUCUGUAGAGUUGCACAAGUUUCACAAUGUGGAUCUCUUUCAAAGAGGGUUCUACCAGGUGCGAGCAGGGCUAAAAGUUUCACCUCGAGUUCCCCACAGGGUGAUCGCAACAACACAAGACAAUGCAGGAGAAUGCAGCUUCAGCUCGGCGGGGGUUUACGACGGCACUGUGUUCAGCCGGAUAUUUCAGAUCCUUUACAGAAAUGAGGAGAUCGCUGUGAAUGACUGUAUGAUCUUCAAAGUCCACCUGCUGUUGGACGGAGAAAGGGUGGAAGAAGCCUUGAGCGAGGUGGACUUUCAGCUGAAGCUGGAUCUUCACUUCACCGACAAUGAGCAGCAGCUGACAGAGAUAGUGACUGUCCCGCUGAUCAGCAGUCGGACCCUCAGCCUCCACUUUCAUCCACGGAGAGGCCUCCAUCACCAUGUCCCAGUCAUGUUCGACUACUUCCAUCUGUCUGUCAUCUCCGUCUCCAUACAUGCUUCACUGGUUGCCUUACACCAGCCGCUUAUCAGCUUUGCACGUACAGGGAAGGGCUCUUGGCUGGGGAAAGGCUCACCAGAGAGUGCUGGCGACCCAUCUGCCAUGACUGUAGAGAACCUUGUGUUCGGAGCUGGCUACUGCAAGCCUGUCAUCUCUGAGGGAAGCUUUUAUGUGCCCAGUGAAAACUGCCUGCAGAGAGCUCACACGUGGCACAGAAGACUCUGUCGCCUCCUGUUGGUGGCUUACAGAGGCCUGCACACGUACUACACUGCACUGAUGAAGGAGAUCCCACAGCUCCAGCAGACAGCAUUGGAUUCAGAUGUGCUACCUGUAGAGGAAACUCUAAAUGCUCUCACCAUAGAGUUACAGCUGCAGGAUGGCCAUGAAAAAGUAGGCGAGCAGAUCAGCAGGGACGUGAGCCAGCUCUGCUCCCAGCUCGCUGCUCUGUGGAGCCGCUUCCUGCAGACCGCUGUGCUCAACCCCCACAUCCUCUCCUACCUGGCCCAGGAGCACCACACGCUCAGGGUCAGGAGGUUCUCAGAGGCCUACUUUUUCACAGAGCACCCCAAAGAGAUAUCUCUGACCUUUCAAGAGGAUCUAAUCAACAGACAUGGCCAGAUAGCUGCAGAAGUGCGGGGCUCAGACUACCUGACCAAGAUGCCUCCUUUACCCGUUGAGUGCCUGGACAUUGAUGGAGACUGGAACAGCCUGCCCAUCAUCUUUGAGGACAGAUAUGUAGAGUCCCCUCAAUCAGAGAUGGUAUCACAUGUGCCAACCACUGAUGGGCAGACCAACUCAGAUCGUGCCAUCAAUCCUGCUGAAGUGAUUUUUGAAAACCGACAGGGAGCCAGAUCACCAGCAAUACCUGAGGAUCCCUUGGACAGUGACGACUGCAUGGACCUGCCCACAUAUGUCUCACUCAUCGCAGAGCAGAGUAAGAUGAGCUCCAGCACCAGUAACCAGCAGUCUGUUCCUGCCGCAGACAGUGAUAAGCGCUCUCUAAGAGAGGCAGACAACUCGAAGGAAGCAGAGGAAAAACAAGGAGAGCUUAAAAAGAGCUGUAAUCCAGGCCUGAGGUACAUGGAAGUUAAGCCUUCUGAUGUGGAUCCAUACAGAGGGGAAGAAGUGCUGGUUCACUCCCCAAAUCGUAAUCCUCUCAUCGACUCUGAUAACAUCAGCGUUGAGUCUCUUCCUCAUCAGGGUUUAGAAAGUAGCGCCCAACUUUGUGAUGCCACGAAUGACGGUAAUGAGAGAGAGAGUGAGAACAAUGAAGAGGAGUCUGAUAUUGCAAUGCCGUUAAAUCACUCCAUGGAUGAUGAGAUUGAGGAUGUUCCUCUCAUCAGCCUGCCCACUGCCUAUGCACCAUCAGUUGUACCUCCCUUCCCCAGUGAGCUUAGAAAAGACAUGUCUCACCGCGGGGGUCUGGUCGGCUCCAAGAUCAUGAAACGCUCGUCAUCGGUUAUAUCCGACUCAGGUAUUGAGAGUGAACCCAGCUCAGUGGCUUGGCCCCUGGAGGUGGCGUUGCGAGGCCGACCUCCUCUAGACUUCUCCAGUGAACGGGAGAUCCCAAAGCAAAUAGUGUGUCGCCACCCGGUCCAUCGCAGCUCUCUGGAGGGCCUGCGGUUGGAGAGCAAUGGCAGCAUUCCCAGUGGAGGCAUACAGGCCUCUCUCACCUCCAUCAGCUCCCUGCCCUACGAGGAAGACCAGCAGCAGCGACAGCUCAGCAAACUCACCAAGUCAGUCUCUGCUCCACAGAUAAGUAGCCCAGAAGACACAGAGGAGGACCAUGUCCUGCUAAACCAGGAAACAGAUACUAAUGGACCAUUUAGGAUCACCUGCUCAUCUUUAAAUGGCAACCUAGACUUAGAGAAAUCUGGCUCAGCCCUGUUACACCCAAGGUCAAUGACAAGCAUUGGCCGUAUUAGCUCUGAAACUUCAAACUCUCAGUGUCUGUCAGAGACAGACGGAACCAAGUCAGUGUUAAGUGGCGUGUCUGAAGCCUUUCUUUUACAAGAGUCUGUGGAAAGCCCUCAUGUGAAGGAAAGCACUAUUAUUGGCAGCCAGGGGGAGAAAAUGAACCAUCAAGCUCACAUCAGUGGAGUGGGCGCCUCGGUGGAGGAUGUGCAUCUCAUUGAAACUGAAGCAGUACCCUGCAGCUGUGGAAACACACCAUGUGUGCAUAAAAGUGCAGCAGAUCAAGAGACAAUUAACACUGAAGAUGAGUGCCAAAGUUUCCAUCAGACCACUUUGCUCAGCAUGAAGGACCAGGAGUGUCUGGAUCCCCCUUUCGAGCCUUCAAGGCUUCAACAAUUCCCAACAGACCCUACCACCACACAGAGGCCGAGGGACCUCACAGGGCUGAAGGCUAAUGAUAUCACAUCAUCUGUAGAUCUCAGUGGGACACCAGUUAGUGACAAAGAGCCUUUGGACUGCCAGACUAAGCCCUCCAAGAUCCCCAACUCAGGGCUGGCUUUCGUGAAUAAAAAGAUGGUCGAGGUGGUGAACAUGUCGGUGUCCUGUGCUCCGACUUGUCUGCCGUUUUCUUCUGUUCUAAGAGACUCGCCAUCCAUUAGUGGGAUGUCCACUCGCCAGGCUACCUCACCUAUUACUCAUCAGCCACUGGGCUCCUUUGGUAUCAUCUCAUCGUCCUCGCUCAACGUCCUGAACAUGGAUGACGAGACCAAUGAACGGAUGCUAAAUUUCUACAAAGCCAAAGAGGAGCUGUUCAAAGAGCUGAGCUUUCAGGCCAGCUUGUACAGCGACCUUCCUCUGCUGGCAUCAGAUCUGCCCUACUUCCCCCCGGAGGAGGACGAUGAAGAGUUCGAUGAUGGCAUUCACCUCGUGGUUUGCGUCCAUGGGCUAGAUGGAAACAGCGCAGACCUUCGGCUGGUAAAGACCUUCAUCGAGUUAGGACUGCCAGGAUCCAGACUGGACUUCCUCAUGUCAGAGAGGAACCAGAUUGACACGUUUGCAGAUUUUGACACCAUGACGGACAGGUUGUUGGAUGAGAUCAUUCAGCAUAUCCAGCUGUACAAUCUCACCAUUGGCAGGAUAAGCUUCAUCGGCCACUCUCUGGGGAACAUCAUCAUCCGCUCGGUGCUGACGAGGCCUCGUUUCCGCUGCUACUUGCCCAAACUGCACACUUUCCUCUCGCUGUCAGGGCCACACUUGGGAACGUUGUACAACAACAGCACCCUGGUCAGCACAGGUCUGUGGUUAAUGCAGAAGCUGAAGAAAUCAGGAUCCUUGCUGCAGCUCACCUUCAGAGAUCACGUCGAUCCUCGGAAAACCUUCCUCUAUCUCCUAAGCCAGAAACCAGGGCUCCAGUUCUUCAAGAACGUUGUGUUGGUGGCGUCUCCACAGGACCGUUAUGUUCCUUUCCACUCUGCCAGAAUAGAGAUGUGCAAAACAGCUAUAAAAGACAGGACCACAGGCCCCGUGUACACUGAGAUGAUCAACAACCUCCUGCAGCCGCUUGUGGAGGCUAAAGAGUGCUGCCUGAUCCGUCAAAAUGUAUUUCAUGCUCUGCCUAACACGGCCAACACCCUGAUCGGACGCGCCGCCCACAUUGCAGUCUUGGACUCAGAGCUUUUCCUGGAGAAGUUCUUCUUAGUGGCAGGGCUCAACUACUUCAAAUAAAGGUGCUAUGACUGCAGACUUAU